AUGAAAGGAAAAUCUUGUCAGAUUGAGUUUUGGGAAUUGGUGAUGAAAGUAUUGAAGACAGAGAUGAUGUUGACAUCACGCUGCGAUAGAGUCAUAUUGACUCCAAAAAAUUCAAUUGUUGACUUGAUUAAUGAGUACAUGUUGUUAUUGAUAGACGAUGAUGAGAACGUAUAUUUGAGAUACGAUUCUCCAAAUAAUGAUAACUCUGGUUUCGACAAGCCGGAUGAUAUACACACUCCCGAGUUUUUAAAUACAAUUGUCUGUUCGGGCCUUCCAAAUCACAAGUUAAUAUUGAAAUUUGGAGUUUCAGUUAUGUUAUUGAGAAAUAUUGAUCCAGCUCAUGGGUUGUGCAAUGAAACUCGGUUGAUUGUUACAAAGAUGAGACAAUUUAUUAUAGAAGGAAAUAUAAUAUCAGAAAGCAAUAUAUGCGACAAAGUUUUUAUUCCCGGAUUAUCCUUAACACCAUCUAAUAUCAAAAUCCCUUUCAAAUUUCAAUGUCGGUAG